AUGCUGCUCUUCGCUUCAAAGCAGAGGAAAGUCGCUCCGUGUGUGUCAACAUCCAGCUCUCCCCGGGGAAACGUCGCUUUAACCUUAUCCAAAACCCGAUGAACCUUUUUACAACACUCUUUUUUAUUUGGUCACCCUCGGACUCAUCGGUUUACAUCACUCCGAAGCAAAGAAAAGCAUCUUUGUUGAUUGUAGCUCAGAGUUUAGCUAACGAUUGAAAGCAUGACAUAGUACAAAGUGGAAAUACAGUCUCCAAUUUAUACAAAAUAUCUGGGGACCUGUUAGCUUAGCCAUCUAGCCUUAUUUUUCAGUCGGACCGGAGGAAAAAAGAAGAUCUAGCCUGCUGACAUGAUGUUUCCUCAAUCUAGACACUCGGCGUCCUCGCAGUCAGGCCAAGCUCUGAAGUUCACCACAUCUGACUCCUGCGACCGCAUCAAGGACGAGUUUCAGUUCCUCCAGGCUCAGUACCACAGUUUGAAGUUAGAGUGUGACAAAUUAGCCUCAGAAAAGUCAGAGAUGCAGCGUCACUACAUCAUGUACUAUGAAAUGUCCUAUGGGCUAAACAUUGAAAUGCACAAACAGGCUGAAAUAGUCAAAAGACUGAAUGGGAUCUGUGCUCAGGUGCUGCCUUAUCUGUCACAGGAGCAUCAGCAGCAGGUCAUGGGAGCCAUCGAGAGAGCCAAACAGGUCACACCUCCAGAGAUGAACUCCAUUAUCCGGCAACAGCUCCAGGUGCAGCACUUGUCCCAGCUGCAGGGUCUGGCUCUCCCUGUGGCACCUCUGCCUCUGGGUCUGACCCCGCCCACUCUGCCUCCCACCUCCAGUGCCGGCCUCCUCUCUCUCUCCUCCAUCCUCGCCAACUACUCCCACGGGGCGUCCCAGCCGGGCAAGGACGACAAGGGCCGGGACUCCGCAGAGAGACCCCCCCGAGCCGAGGAUGGAGACAAGUCUGACUAAUGCCACGGAGAUAAACAGGAAAACCACCGUCUGGAGUAGGGAUGUCAGGAAGUUCGAUUUUAGUCUUAAGAUUAUGAGUAGAAACAUUGAGGUUUUAUAAUUUUUUCACAACAGUCCCAAAAACAAAAAGUAAACUAAUCCUAUAUUAUUUGUUCUGAAGCUAUGGCACAGUUGCACAGGCGAUAUGCACCUUUCUGGUUGGUAGUCGGGCGUCAAAAACCUUAGUCCUGGUUUAGGCCUGGUUUAUUCCUAGUGUGCUUUUGGCUAUUUUAGACCUGUUUAGUAUAGACCUGGUUUAGUUCCUAGUCUAGUCCUGGUUUGGUCCUAACUACUUUAGACCCAAUUUAUUCCUGGUUUUGUUCUAACUAAUUAAGACCGGAUUUAGUCCUGGUAAUGUGCUGUUUAAUAUGGAUUUGGUUUAGUCCUGUUUGGUCCUGACUAGUUUAUACUGAGUCUAGUCCUGGUUUAGUACUACAGUAGUCUUGGUAUAGUCCUGGCGCAGUUAAUCCUGGUAUCAUUCUGGUUAAGAUCAAGUUUAUACCUAAUUUCCAAAUUCAAAAUAAUUGAAAUUUUAUAAUUCAUAAUUUUAACCUAAUUUAGUUCAUUUAAUAUGGCGCUUGCUGCAAACCAGAGUGUCAUUGUCCCAAAAGAUUAUCAUAAAGAUCUUUCUUGACCAGCUUUAUUAAAUUUAAUUUUGGAAUUCACAAAUGCUUAUAUUUUUUCCAAUUGUGACAAAAAAGCGAUACACAUAUAGGUUUCUUAAUUUGGAGUAUAGAUUACUUUUAAAUAAGAUUUUAUUUCUAAAAAUCUUAUAUUGUCAAAAUCAUUAUGUUGUGACAUCUAAAAUUCUUCAUUCUUUGCAAAAUCUAUGAAUCCUGACAUCCCUGGUCCGAACGAAGUGAGGCAUGCUGGGUAAUUGAGUUCAAACCAGACCAAAAGUCCUCCGGUGAGUUGGGGUUGUUAUGAUGACAGGGUGGAGAGGACUGAAUGAAAAAUCAUUUGGAUCCAAAAGUAAAAGAUUGCGUGUGUUUUUUAUUUUGUUGUUUAGGCUCAGUUCAAGCUUUUAGACUUUAAAUAGUGCAUUUUUUAGUAUAAAUCCAGAUGAAGUACAAAGCAGUCCAUCUACACAGCCCUGUCUCCAAUACAUUGUCUUAAUGUCUGAUCAUUUUCCUGUUUUGUUUAAAGCGGCAUUUUUUAACUCUGGUUGGGGGUCCAUCACCUGCUUGUUUCUAUGGAUAUGUAAUUGCUCUGCCUGGAGUGUUCCACAGUAUGACAUUAAAGUACCUUACAUUUAUUAAAUUACAGGUAUUUUUAUAGCUCAAAAACACCUUGAAAAAAACAGUAUUCUGACUGUGAACAGGGUUGUCUCUCUACAGACCUGUAACUUGGUCUGGUUAGGUCUCUGUAAAGAUGGAAAGGUUCAGUGUCAUACUGUGAAACAUUCCAGACAAAGCAAUAACAUCUCCAUAAAAGAAAAACAUUUGACAGACCCUCCACCAGAAAAGUUACACAAUGCACCUUUAAAAUGUCCUACUCAAUUAGAUAGCUCAUCCCAAUCUUUAUAAUAAUUUAAGUAUUUUUGAAAACGCAUUUGUAAAAUCUAUUGUAUUCUUACAUUGAAAUUGCCAACCACACUCAAACAUUUAGAAAUGUGUCGUAUCACCGACCAUAGCAAUCUCAUAUAAUGGGAUCAUGCUAUUUAAACUUAUUGAACUCUGGUAGCAUUUUCUGAUUAGAAGUUGCUACUUUGAAAACUUAAAGAUGCACUGCUUAACAUUUCUAGUGGAGGGUCCGCCACAUGGUGUCUCCAUGGAAAUGUUAUUGCUUUGUCUAGAAUGUUCCACAGUAUUGAUGAAACCUAUGUAUCACAAGGGAGAAAAGCAGGUUACAGCACUAUGCUAUAUUACAGCUCUGUGGAGAGUCGUGCCAAUUCACAGAAGAAGUUACUGUAUUUUUAAGCAAUAGAAACUUCUGUAAUGGAUAAAUGCUAGAUGGAUAUGUUUAAUGUCAUACCAUGGAACAUUUCAGGGAAAGCAUUAACAUCUCCAUGAAGACAAGCAGGUCAUGGACUCUCUCCAGAAAAAAAUUGCGCAGUGCACUUUUAAAGCCACAUAGAUAAAAGAUAAGUGUUACGAUAAUUGUUUAAUUCUUAAAAUUAAGCACCUUUUUUAUAUUUUCCUUUACCCCUGCCUGGCCCCUCCCACUGAACUGGUCUAUUUCCAGAAAGACCAAUUUUACCUUGACGUGCACUGUACCUCUGUAGUAGUUUAAUUACACUGUAUCAUGCUUUAGUUAAUUGCAUUCACUUUCUUUGUUUAUUAAAGGAUUCGUGCCCUUGUGAAUUCAGACGCUCUGUAAAAAAAAAUCAUUAUCAGUUAACUCAAACUUACUUACUUAAAAUCAUAUUGUCCCUGAAUUGUAGAAUAUUGUUUGGUAGUUGCUAUAGUGACAACAACAAUUGUCAUCUAUGAUAGUACCCAAACUAAAAUUCCUACAUUCUACCAAAUGCCAACAAGGCAUCCCAGAACAGAUUUUUUUCUCUUAUUUGUUACAUUGACCACAUUAUAAUAUUAUAGCAUUACGUACCACACUGGGCCUGGUUUUCUUUGGACUUGGUUUAGUUCUGUUCUAGUCCCGGAUUAGUACCAGUUUUAUGUGGUGAAUGCAAAUGUGCGAACGCUACCUAAUUCAUAUAAAUUCAUAAAAACAAUAUUACAGUACAGUGUACUUUCCCAAAUGUCCCCUUUUGCUAAGACUAUAUGCUUUACGAUAGAUUUAAAUAAUAUGUGCCACUGUGGUUAGACAAAUUCCCUCAAAAAGUUAAAAAAAAAAAAAAAAAAAAAAAAAUCCCUAUAGUUUUCUUUCUAAUUUUGAGUAUUGAAAUGUUAAAAGCUUGAUCUAUGAAUCUUACCCAUUUCUACAUUUUCUAUGCUUGUUUAUGACAGCAGGGGGCAGUAGUGUUUUGGCUUGGACUUAAAGUGACAUUGACAACCAUCUUAAGAGCACAUGGCUAAUAUUUUUAUGAUCAUUUCAAAGGCACUUAGCUUUUUUUGCAAACAAUUUUUUGGCCCAGGUAACUAGUUUAAAGAUGCACUAUGUAACUUUAUAGUUGAGGGUGCGUCACUUGCUUGUUUCUAUGGAUAUGUCAUUGCUCUGCUUUGAAUGUUUCACUGUAUGACUUUAAACAGAUCUACCUAUUCAAUUGCAGGUGGUUUUAUAGCUCAAAAAUACCUAGAAAAACAGGCAUUGUGAUUGUGAGCGGGGUUGCCUCUCCACAGAUCUGACCUGUAACUUGGUCUGGUUUGGUCUCCAUGAUGAUAAAAAGGUUCAAUACCAUACUGUGAAAUAUUCCAGACAAAUAUAAAGCAGGUGAUGGAUCCACCACCAGAAAAGUUACACAAUGCACCUUUAAACCCUCGUUUUCCUUCUCUAGACAUGAAUAGUGUUUUAUUGCUGUCAAGGGCCAAUUUGUAUCCAUAUGAAUUUAUCAAUACAUAUUUUUAAAGCAUUUUUGUAUGUCUCAAAGCUGCUUUUUAACGUGUGUGUACAAUGGACGAGUUUGGUGUUGUGUGUGUGCAGCCUAAACAUUAACAAGGCACAAUGUUGUAAACCAUGUCUUUUUUGGCUGUUUUUUCACAUUCUCAAUCACUUUAGCAUGUUUUUGUUUUUUUUUUUUUUUUUUGUUUUUUUAGGUUUGUAUGUGUUAAAUCCUUUUUGUGCUGAAAAAUACUGUCUCAUUCUCAAAUAUUUGGGGCAGGAAGUAUGUAAACGACCAACUGUGUACUCUAUUCAGAAUGGAUCAACAUUUUAGCAGUAAGGAAGCUUCUCUGGUGCCUUACAAAUAAACGACGUGAUUGAGAGUA